UGCAUGCUCAAUUUUGUAAUACAUACUGUGAAAAUGUACCUCACGUUGCUUAUUCUAUUGGUCACUUUGACUAAUGUCUAUUGUGUUUCAGACGAAAUCAAGGAACUGAUGAAUAAUCUCCACAAAACGUGUGUUGGUAACACUGGUGUUGAUGAAGCUUUGAUAGUGAACGCUAAUAAAGGUCAGUUCGAGGAAGAUGAGAAGUUUAAAUGCUAUACGCGAUGCAUCUUUGAUGAAGUUGGACUUUUUGAUGAUGACAAUAAAUUCGACGUAGAAGGAGCUAUCGCGAUGUUGCCUGAUGAAAUGAAAGAUACCAUUCUGGGCAGUGUUAUUAAAGAAUGCGGGGCUUCAUGUACGUUAUUUUAUAUAAUCACAACCGAAAUUUGACGUAAUAGUACCAUUAUUCUGUUGUAGCUACUGGAAGUUGUCAAAGUAUGUUUGAAUUAAACAAAUGUAUAUACAAAGGAGCACCUGAUCUUUACUUCCUUGCUUAAGAAGCAACCUAUGUUGGCUAUUGAGGCGUAAUAUAUCCGGACUUCAUAUUCCUAUAUAUUUGUGAUAUUUUAAUAAGGUGACAUCAUAAUAAAAAAUACAUUAUUAAAC